UUGUUGUUGAACUCACACAACAUGUACAGUACGAAUUAUGGCGAUACACGAUUUCCUACAAGGGCGAGUUAGACUCGAAGUUGUCGUUGUGUUUGUGCUGUGAUUCAAUUUUGUUUAGGAAAUAUUUACCAGCUCCCUGAUGGAUGUGGCUAGGUCCAAGAGUGAAUUACUCCAGCAACAGGUCAUGCAGGCCUGGAGGGAGAGAUGGUCAGAUGUCCAGUGGAGUACAGAGAUAAAGAAAAUAGUCCCCCGUGGAAUGUCUGGAGAUGCAUUCAGUCUUGCAGAAAUUCUCUUGAAUCAAAUUUUUGUUGGGCCUACGCCAAAUUCAUUGAUAUUGACUUACCUUGAGCAUGCAAUAUCAUGUCAGAUAGUCUCCUGUACAGCCAUCUUCAACAGUAUAAUAACUUAUGAGGACAUCUGUAUUCAGAGGCCAUACUGUAUGAAAGGUCUGCUUGAUAUUCUAUUCAUCUGUGUUAGUAAACUUGGUGGUCAUACGAUGGAUGAAGGCAUGUAUCUUGCAAAGUCAUAUUUAAGAGUUGUUCUAUGGCUUCUGGACAGCAUCACUGCAUGCGUUGAGAAAAUCAAAGACACUACUACUAAAGUUGAUGUGAUGAUGACGCAUAUGCUAGACAUUCUUAUCGACCGGUUCCACAAAAUGGUCUGUAUGACAGGCGUGUCUCGUCUCCUGCUCUUCAUAGGGAAAUCUGAAGAUGAGGAAGCAUGGAGAACUGUUCAAGAAGCUGUGAUGAGAGUGAAAGAAAGUUUAACUGUUUCCGAGCCUGAAAGUGGCCAACCAACACCAGUAUUCAUGAAAAAAGAGCUCAAAGAAAAAGUUUUAAGAUCAAUGCAAGACGUCUUAAAGAUUCCUUACAUACAAAUACCUGUAACACAGCACACAAACUCAAUUGUUGUGAAAGGAACAAGCUGUAUUAUCAACAUGAUAACUUUUCUGGAAGCUGCAAUAAAUAUCACAAAUGAUGUCCAGUGUUUUGUUGAUCAAAUUCUUUUGAUAGAAAAGGUUCAACAUAUUCAACGACACACACUAGUGAAGGAGCUGUGUCAUUCAGCCCUCCUAGGCCUAGUUGAUCACAUUGACAGUGUGGAUGAACUCAAGUGGCAUGCAUUUGCUUUUGUGAAGCUUCCGCAAAUAUUUUCUUGCCUAAAAUCCGGUCCUUCAUUUGGUCGUGGAAUCAAAGAACUGCUACGGCUGAAUACUCUGUUGGAUACAGCUGAUUCCAAAAGCAAGUGUGAUUGUUUACAACAUCUCCUGAGUCAGUGUGUCAAAUUGGAUGUGAUUAGUGAAGCACUAUCAAAUGAAUAUAUUCAACAGAGAGCUAACCAGCGCAAUGCAGUGUUACCAUCAAAGAAAGAAUCAAGUCCAUUACCAAAUGCUACACUAAUCCAGCAGGCAGAAACUAUGGCUACCAGUAUUCUCAGUGAAAAGACCUUCAAUGAUCCUGAUUUUUCAAAGAUACAGGAGGAUCUUCUUGGUGUCCUUGGUCACCUGAUAGCAGGCAAGAGUUUUGAUUUGAUUGUUGCAGCUGAAGCAGGCACAGGCAAGCUUAAGAUCUUCACAAGUAAACUUAUCAGGUUUAAUGAGUGGGCAAAGAAUGCUAGUGGUGAAGGAGGGAAACAAAGCCAAGUGAGAGCGUUGCUGUUUGACUUCACUUUCCUCAUGUUGUGUCACAUUGCUCAAAUGUACGGUGUCCAAAUGGUGUUGGACAAGACCGAUUCCUUCUUUGAGUCCUGGAUAGUCGGAUGUCUCCCAAGUGCGAACCAAGCCAAGCCUUUAGAAUCCAUGAUAAAAGCUGAUCAGAAUAAAGUUGAGUUGCUACUAAUGCACUGUGCUACUGGCAUGGAAUUCAAAACUAGUCUUGUUCGCUGGCAUGAGGCAUGCGCUUGUGCUCCCCAGGUAAUGGAAGAAAUUCUCAACGCUUGGCUUCACAACACCAUCUCUGCAUCAGACGUUAAGAAAAUAAUUGACAACAUGAAGAGCAAGCUGCACUGCCUCUCGGUGUGCGUUGUAGCGUGGUUGUGUAGCUACCUCCGCAGUCUACAGAACUCAGAGCGAGACAAAGCUAAGCAAAUGCUGCUCAUGUUCAUGGCUGCUAAUACAAUUGAUAGCACGCUUGUUCCUUACGAUAAAGAAAGAAAUACAAUAAAGGUCAACGUGAUCAAGAAAAUGACCCGCAUGUCGAUGGGUGGUCUCGAGGUCAACCCUGAGUUUGGCUUGAAGACCAGUUCUUCAGCGUCUGCUAUUGAAACACUUUCAUCCAUCUUUCACGGCCUUAUCCAACAGGGCUUUAUGAAUAAGGCUUUGUUUACAGCUAUUGAACAGCUGCAGAGCUGCUUGGGUGUUGAGUACUUCUGCCGCUCUGUUAUAGACGAAGUACUCAAAUUGAAUAGCAAAGCAGACUUAAUGAUUGCAGUUGAGAUUGCACUUGGCAUGUUCUACAUUAACAUUGAGCAGAUCUGCCCCAUCCUAAUAAAGAAAGUCAUCCCCCUGCUUAUUAGUGACACAAAUAACAACAAAAGAAUUUCAGGAGCUAGGGGUCAUGCUCUGGCAUGUAUAGUCGUUUGGACCAUUGCCUCUGCUAUUACGUACAGCAACAACACAAAAGAUUUUAAAAUCAAAGAUGAAAGACAAGGAAGAGGAACAAAAAGACCAAGAAGUGAAUUUGAAAAAGAGGACACAGGCGGCCUGAAGGACGAAGGCAGGUUAUUGUCUAAUUCAAAACUGCGUCGUCUCCUAAGUUCACCGGAAGACGACAGCACGCCAGAAGUAACUGCAGGAAGUCAAUCUACUGGUUUUAUUGUACCAAAUGUUCAUUAUCUAAUUGCAGACCCACUCAACCGUGCUAUAGCUACCUUACUGCAGUUGUUUUCUUCUGUGAUUCAAAGUGGAAAUGCUGGCCCAAGAAGCGAAUUCAUAAAUAUCUUUUUCCAAGAAUUACUGCACUGUAAUGAUGCUGUAGUUAAACAUGUAUUGCAGUUUGCAGCUGCUUCAAUGGUGGAUCAUUUACUUUGUGUAACAACUAGUGGAGGUAGUUUGUUCUUUGAGUUUGUGAUGGCAGUCAGCAACCUGGGUAGCUCAACUGCCAGAAACAUGGCCAUAAAGGCACUUUGUGUACGUAAACGAUGAACCCACAUGUAAAAAAAAAAAUGGCCACCACUAGUGUCAGUUUGAGUAAACAAUGAGCACAUCAGCAAAAAACAUGGCCAAUGCUCCGAGAGUUUGCACAAACAAUGGACACACCUGCCAAAAAGAUGGCUACCGCUGGAGUUGGUUUCCCUAAACAAUGGCACAAAUACAUGAUCUCCACUGAUUGAGACUGUGUUCAUAAACAAUGGACCCACCUGCCAAAAAGAUGGCUACUUCUAUAGGGAGUUAGUUUCCAUGAACAAUGGCACGAAUACACGGUCUCUGCUGAUUGAUUCUGUGUUCAUAAACAAUGAACUCCCUGCCAAAAAGAUGGCUACCACUAUGGAAGUUUGUUUCCAUGAACAAUGGCACAAAUUCAUGGUCUCCUCUGAUUGAUUCAGUGUUCAUAAACAAUUAAUUCACCUGCCAAAUAGAUGGCUAGUGCUAUAGGAGUUAGUUCCCAUGAACAACGGCACAAAUACACGGUCUCCGCUGAUUGAGUCUGUGUUCAUAAACAAUGAACUCCCUGCCAAAAAGAUGGCUACUGCUAUGGGAGUUUGUUUCCAUGAACAAUGACACAAAUUCAUGGUCUCCUCUGAUUGAUUCAGUGUUCAUAAACAAUUAAUUCACCUGCCAAAUAGAUUGCUACUGCUAUAGGAGUUAGUUUCCAUGAACAAUGGCACAAAUACAUGGUCUCCGCUGAUUCAGUCUGUGUUCAUAAACAAUGAACUCCCUGCCAAAAAUAUGGCUACCACUAUGGGAGUUUGUUUCCAUGAACAAUGGCACAAAUUCAUGGUCUCCUGAUUGAUUCAGUGUUCAUAAACAAUGAAUUGUCCUGCAAAAUAGAUGGCUCUGCUAUGGGAGUUAUUUUCCAUGAACAAUGGCACAAAUUCAUGGUCUCUGCUGAUUGAGUCUGUGUUCAUAAACAAUGGACUCACCUGCAAAAAAUUGCAGCCACUGCUGAUUCAGUUCCCCUGAUCAGUGUACACACUUGCAUAAACAUGGUCCACCACUUGAGAGUUGUCUAUCCAUAAUUUAUGUUAAACUGUGUAUUAAAUCAUAGGUUUUCUCCAAAUAUAUGAUAUACAUCCAGCCCUCACAAAGCGAGCCUAAGGUGAGCUAGAGGUCACAGCUGGUAUUACAAAAAGUAAUAUAUGACAAUAUAUUUCUUUUUAGCACUGUGAUUACAUAAAAAUAAUCACAAAAUUUGCUUUACACUACAGGUUGUAGUAGGCCUACUUAUAUAUUUAUUUUGUGUGAAAUGCAAUUACUUAAAAGAAUUCACCUAAAUAUUCAGUUAUUUUUUGGAGAAUGAACCAAGUUAAAUAAUAAAAAAUUAAAAAAUGC